CAUCCCCUCUCCACACACACUCACCUGUCUCUGUCCUCGCUGCAUCGGCACACAGCAGAUUUCAUCACCAUGGCGAGUAAAAUGGUGGUUCAGCAGCCCAAGCCGGUUGUCAUGGCGGCAGGCUCAGAUCAGUGGAACAGCAGCAUCUGCCAGUGUGACAGCUUUCAUGAAUGCUGUUUCUCCGUGUGGUGUUUCCCAUGUUUCGCCUGCAUCACGGCGAGGGACCACGGCGAGUGCCUGUGUCUGCCGCUAUUGGACACUUUCGGCAUCAUCCCACCAGUCACCAUGGCCAUGAGGGUGUCCAUGCGCAAACGCUACAACAUUGAUGACACCAUGUGCAAUGACUGCGUGUACGCCUGCUGCUGUGGGCCCUGCUCCUGGUGCCAGAUGAGGAGGGAGAUGAAGGCUCGCCUGCACCCCGUCAGCCUCUUCUGCAACAAGGCAGGAUAAUGAGCAUCACCGUCGCCACCACCACCACCAUCAUCAUCAUCAUCAUCAUCAUUAUUACCGAAGAUCAUCCAGAAUCAUCAUCACCACCACCUCCAAUGUCACCACCACCACCACCAUCAUCACCACCACCAUCAUCAUCAUCAUCAUCAUCACUGAAGAACAUCCGGAAUCCAUCCGUCGACAUCAUCGCCAUGAUCAUCAAAAAUCGUCACCGCCAUAAUCUGUAGCAGCAGUAGGCCUAGCAUUAUCCUCAUCAUCAUCCCUGUCACCAUCAUCAUCAUCAUCAUCAUCAUCAUCGACAUCAUCAUCAUCAUCAUCAGCAGCAGCUUCAUCAAAACCCACCAGUCAUUGUACUUGAACACAAAGCACGUUUGGAUGUACCAUCACCAUAACAUCGUCGUCAUCAUCAUCAUCAUCACCAUGGUCAUCAUCAUCACCAUUGUCAUUCAGAUGAGCCUUCAACAUUGUUACCAUCAUCAUGCUCCUUGCCCCCCUAAUCUUCCUCAUCACCUCUCUGAUGUAUCAUCAUCCUCUUCCUCCUCAGACGAGCCUUCAACAUUGUUACCAUCAUCAUCCUCAUUGUCCCCACAAACUUCCUGCCAGUCAUUGUCACCAUGACGACUGCAGAGAGAUCCUGCCUCAGAUUCUGGGAGGCCUUGUGGAUUCCCUGAAUGUUUCGCAUUCUCCUGCACCUGCCUGCCUGCAUGCAUGCAGGCACGCACACACGUAUGCUGUAUGCAAAGAGGUGAAUUCCACCUUCUAAGAACAGCUUAUCCUCGAUCUCAAACCCUGAGCGAGCGAGAAAUAAGCAUCUUUUGCUGUCGCAUUAUGUGCCCCGGCGCCGCAUCGUCAAUCAUGUCAUGUUGUUCCCUCACCUGUUGGCUGGUUCGAUCUCGUAAUCAGCUGCUCGACGCAACUUGGCGCACUCGAUGACACCUGAGCACACCUGAGUGUGACCUGUAAUCGCUCCAGGUAGAUCACUUGUUUGUCAGAGAGGAGAGAUGGAGGAAUGCAGAGGGGAACAAUGAACUGAUUGCAUCUCACCUGCUGCGUGGAGACGAGAAAAGUUAAUAUUCAAAACAGAUGACAAUUUGUAGCUGCAUUCUUGUGUAUAUAACAAUGAUAAACUUUAAAUGAUUAUCUAUUAUGAGAGUUGAUGACAGAAGAUCAGAAUAUUCUGUCUAAAAGCCAGGUGAUGACUUGGUGUCAGCCCCAGCUUCAGAAAAUAAAAAAGAUCUGCGGCAUAAAUUUGAUCCAAUAUUGUCUAAAUAGACUGGUUGUAGACUAGUAGUAAAUAGACUGAGCCCUCAAAAUAGCGUUUUUACUUUCUGAAAUGGAAAUUGACAUGUGUUUAGUGAAAAUAAUGUUAAUGAUUAUUGUUGUAAUUAUUAUUAUUACUAUAACUUUUAAUGAUAAUUAGUAAAUGAAAUAGUUUUAAAGCCAGGCCAUUCUCCGAUGGCCAGUUGUAUGCUUAUGUUGAGAAUAACACCAAUUUUUUGUUGAAGAUUCUCUUCUUGCAUGCGACUGCAUUAAGCACUUAGCGUCAACAAUUUUAUGUUUGUUUGUUUUUUUAACUGUACAGUGUAUUGAUAGAUCAUAUGACUUUAAUUUCUUCACUUCACAGUGCUUAACUAUUCACUUUUCACUUUGUUUAGGUUGGCCUUUAAAAGGAGCUGAAAUAUGCAGUGCUUGUGCUGCCUUGUGGUUUUAUACCACGUUUUACUGUAUGAGACAACAGGGUUGCCUCUUUGAAUUGUGGCCCGCAAUGCAUACAUUACAUUACAUUAUUACAUUACAUUGCAUUUGGCAGACGCUUUAUAACCAAAGCGACUUUCAAUCGUACCUUUGUUGGACUUGUCUGUGAGACCAGGAGAAGGUGUGUGCCUGUUGAAUGUCCCUGAUCUACCCUCUUUCCCACCCCAUCUUUAGUAUCGCCCCAGACUAGCACAUUAGCUUUGGGUGCAAGUGAACAGAUUUGUACAGGUUUUUUUUGUAGAAAAGCUGCACACUCAAGUGGAAGCCUUGACAGACAGACAGAAGCUGAAAAAGGCUUAGGCUGAAAUGUCUGUCUGUCAUGUUAAACCAUCAAAAUAAAAUGUAAGAAUUACACUCGAGAGAGUGGCUUUGCAACAAAAAAUAGCAUUAGCUAGCUGCCACAAGCUCUGACUAGCAUUUGCCCAGCGACAUCACAUCAUUACAUUGCACAUAGCUGACACUUUUCUCCAAAGCACCUUACAGUUGUUUUACAGGGUAUUGUUCACAGUCUCUGGAGCAACAUGGGGUUAGCUGCCUUGCUCAAGGGCACUUCAGGCAAGGAUGGAGGUGUAAGUAGAGGUAAGGGUGGGAUUUGAACUUGCAAUCCUCUGAUAUAACCUCCUAACCACUUGGCCAUGGCUGCCCCAAGGACUUUUGGCAGGCGAUGGGCAGAAAUGAAGCUCCAAUACUUUUGUAGUUUAUGUUGUGUUCAUUCAUCUCGCUUGUGAUUUUUGUGUUUGUUUGUUGUACUGUCAUUAAAAAUACUGUAUUUCAUGUACCUAUCAAA